UCAUUGCUCUAUGGUGAGCCAACGGUCAAGGCUUCUUCGUCUCUUCAGUUCUCUCACUACUGAUACUUCAUUGAGUAAGCUCUCUUGUACCUUUCUCUGAUGAUUUUUCCACUGUGUAUUGUACUGUUUCCUUCCCUUCUUUUCCGUGUUAAUCUCUGUUGUACAAAUUCCAGUCUUAUUGGCUACUCUGUUUCGGAACCCUUGUUCUCUAGACUCUAGGCUCUGCUUCUAUUAUCCAAAGAUUUGGUCGCAAGCCCUUCUGCCGUUUUCUCCAUUGGCAUUUGGGUUUUAAGUUUUAAGGGAAAUUAGUAAACAAAGAAAGAUGGAUUUGGUAGUUCCUGCAAAACAAAACCCUGGGAGGUUCUCGUUGUUUAACCCCGUUCAGGAGAGUGGAAAGAAGAUUAAGUUUGGGGAUGAAGUUGUAGUUAGGGUUUACCCCGACUCCCGUCCAAACAGUUGUAGUUCUUUUGUGAAGGUUUUUACAGGGUAUAAGGCUUCUUGCUGUCUUAUAUCCCCUAAUGUUAAGGUGAGAAAACAUAGUCGAUCCCGAAAGAACAGGAGCAAUCGGGUUUUUGCAGUCUCGAAGGUGGAGACUAAUAGCUUCAAUGGCAAAUUAUCGAACCCGCUAAAAAACCCUCAUGGGCAUGCGGAAAAUGGUCAUUCUUUCCGAAAUUUUGAUGAUUCUGAGGGUAACAUUCAUCUCCGUCGCCUGGUUAGAAAUGGGGAACUGGAGGAAUCUUUGAAGUUUCUGGAGAACAUGGUAUAUUAUGGUGACAUCCCGGAUAUAAUUCCCUGCACAAGUCUGAUUCGUGGGCUCUGUAAGGUAGGCAAGACUAAGAAGGCAACUAGGGUUCUAGAGAUUCUUGAAGAGUCUGGAGCUGUUCCAGAUGUUAUAACCUACAAUGUAUUGAUUAGUGGGUACUGCAAAUCAGGGGAGAUUGAUAAUGCUCUACAUCUAUUGGAACGAAUGAGUAUAGCACCAGAUAUUGUUACAUAUAACACGAUCCUGCGUAGUCUCUGUGAUUGUGGAAAGUUGAAAGAAGCAAUGCAAGUUCUUAAUCUCCAAUUGCAAAAGGAGUGUUAUCCUGAUGUCAUCACUUAUACCAUUCUGAUAGAAGCAACUUGUAAGGAGAGUGGGGUUGGACAGGCCAUGAAGCUUUUGGAUGAGAUGAGGAUUAGGGGAUGCAAACCUGAUGUGGUUACUUAUAAUGUUUUUAUCAAUGGAAUUUGCAAAGAAGGUAGACUGGAUGAAGCAAUAGAGUUCCUGAAUAACAUGCCAUCAUAUGGUUGCCAGCCUAAUAUAAUCACCCAUAAUAUCAUUUUGCGUAGCAUGUGUAGCACAGGUAGAUGGAUGGAUGCAGAAAAAUUCUUGACUGAUAUGCUGCAUAAAGGUUUUUCACCAAGUGUUGUUACAUUCAAUAUCCUGAUCAACUUCUUGUGCAGAAAGGGAUUACUUGGUCGUGCAAUCGAUAUAUUAGAGAAGAUGCCAAAGCAUGGGUGUACCCCAAAUUCCCUUAGUUAUAACCCAUUGCUUCAUGGGUUCUGUAAGGAAAAGAAGAUGGACCGGGCAAUUGAAUACUUGGGCAUAAUGAUGUCUCGAGGGUGCUAUCCCGAUAUCGUCACCUAUAAUACCUUGCUUACUGCUUUAUGCAAGGAUGGAAAGGUUGAUAUUGCUGUUGAGCUGCUUCACCAGCUAGGCAGUAAAGGGUGCUCGCCGGUGUUGAUCACUUACAAUACAGUGAUUGAUGGGCUUUCAAAGAUGGGGAAAACAGCACAUGCCAUAGAGCUUCUAGAUGAGAUGCUUUCAAAGGGUCUCAAGCCUGAUAUAAUUACAUAUUCAUCGCUAGUUGCUGGACUCAGCAGAGAAGGCAAGGUUGAUGAAGCAAUUAAUUUCUUUCACCAAUUUGAAAAACUUGGUAUCAGUCCCACUGCUGUCACAUACAAUUCUCUCAUCUUAGGCCUUUGUAAGGCUCGUCAGACUGACCUUGCUAUUGAUUUCCUGGCCUUUAUGGUAUCCAAGGGAUGUAAACCCACUGAAGCUACAUAUACUAUUCUCAUCGAAGGUGUAGCUUAUGAAGGCCUGGCAAAGGAAGCUUUGGAAUUAUUGAAUGAGCUAUGCUCCAGAGGGCUUGUGAAGAAAAGCUCUGCACAACAUGUAGCAGUCAAGAUGUAGGGUUGGUUU